CUAAGCCCCUAUUAUAACUUCGUGGCGUGUAGAGGCGCAUUUCCAGCACGGAAAAGCAAAGGAACGCAUAGAACUGCACGGGAAAAAGAAAGGAAAGGAUGCCGAAACACUUUUUCCGUCCGGCAGUUUCUCUUCAGCAGGGCUAGGCUGGUCAGGCAGCGUAUUAGAUCACUCCUGUGGAGUUGGAAAGGUCCUUUUUUGUCCACAGCGCAGCCGCCUCUAUGAGGUCCUCUUUUCCGCCACCGUCGUUGCCGGUGCGGGAUGAGUGCGUGGAGCUAUCAUCACUGAGAGUAUCUGGACCCGAAACUACUGCACUGUCGGCCAUGGGGACGACUGGAGGGUCAGGAGGCGGAGGAGUUUGGCUUUUCCCCGAGCGGCUGCGGUUGCCUCUCUGCUGUCUGGGUGUCUUCGUGUGUUACUUUUGGUACGGCGUCCUCCAAGAGACAAUUACAAGAGGCAAAUAUGGGGAAGGAGCAAAACAGGAGAAAUUCAGAUAUGUUCUGUCUUUAGUCUUUAUUCAGUGUGUGAUAAAUGCAAUUUUCGCUAAGCUGAUGAUCCAGUUUUUUGAUGCUGUCAAGGUGGACCGGACUCGGAAUUGGCUCUAUGCAGCUUGCGCUCUCUCAUAUCUAGGAGCAAUGGUGUCCAGUAACUCAGCACUUCAGUUUGUCAACUACCCAACUCAGGUCCUUGGAAAGUCCUGUAAACCUAUCCCAGUCAUGCUCCUGGGAGUGACAGUGCUGAAGAAGAAGUAUCCAUUGUCCAAAUAUUUCUGCGUCUUACUUAUUGUCACAGGUGUGGCCUUGUUCAUGUACAAGCCAAAAAAUGUAGGAAGUGUUGGGGAUGAGCAUGUUUUUGGUUAUGGGGAACUCCUGCUGUUGCUGUCUUUGACUCUGGAUGGUUUAACUGGGGUGUCUCAAGACCAUAUGAGAGCUUACUACCAGACUGGUUCCAAUCAUAUGAUGUUAAAUGUUAAUCUGUGGUCCACUUUGUUCCUGGGUGCUGGUAUUUUUUUUACAGGUGAGCUUUGGGAAUUCUUGAGUUUCACUGAGCGUUAUCCUACCAUCAUCUAUACUAUCCUUCUCUUUGGCCUAACCAGUGCUUUAGGUCAGACUUUCAUUUUCAUGACUGUGGUUUAUUUUGGGCCUCUGACCUGCUCUAUUGUCACCACAACUCGCAAGUUCUUCACUAUUUUGGCUUCAGUCAUUCUGUUUGCCAAUCCUAUCAGUAACUUACAGUGGAUGGGUACCAUCCUGGUAUUCCUUGGACUUGGCCUAGAUGCCAAAUUUGGGAAAACAUCGAAGAAAACUUCACACUAAGAAGAUUCUUGGGUUUCUCUUGAAAAUUUCUAAGCAUAAGGAACUAUUAACUUAUUGUCUUAUUUCCCACUAAUGGGAAUUUGGCUCAGGAUGAAUGCUUGGGGAAAGAGGACAGCAUAGGAAUUUUAUUGUUUUUAUUCAAAAUGUGUUUAAUUUUUUUAAUGGUAGCUUUAUUUUACUAAAAAUCAAAGGAGUAGCUUUUCCAUUUCUACCGAGGAAUCACAACUGUAGUUAAUGGAUGGCAAAAGGAAAUUCUUGGUGAAAUAGGACAAAUGCUUAAUGUGAAAUAAAAGGAGGGACGAGAAAAAACCCUAUAUGUUUAUGUUUUAAAUUUUAUUUUCCACCUCUUGUGCCUCGCCAGGGUGGAAGGGGAGGUGUUACAGUAUUUAUUUAGUUUUUUUACUUAUACAAUAGUUGUAUACUGCCUAUCCUAGAGACUCAGAGCAGUUUAACAGUAGAGUAACCAUAAAUAUCCAUCAUAGGAUAAAACAAUUUUCAGACCAACCAACCCUCUUCUUUUUCUGUAUCUAGAUCAAACUUUUGACUGCCAGAAUGAAACCACUCUCUUGGUUUUGUCA